GGCCCGCGUCCCUGUUACUCAGCCGAGCGGCCGAGGCCGGACGACGCGGCUUGGAUCGCGGAGCCGCGAGCAGCGCUGGGUAACGGCCGCGGGGACCCCCCCCCCGGACGGCCCCUGUCCCCGCUGGCGGGCAUCCCUGUCGCCGUUCGCUGCGCUGCCGGUCUUGCAGCCUUACAGUCAUUUGUAAUGGUUACCUCAGAUUCCCCUGCUGUGGUUAACGUUAAACCUAGGAGGUCAGAUGCUCUAAGUGAACAUGUUUAGUGCUGUGCCUGACAAAAGCAAGCAAUCAAAAUGGGACUUCCUUGAGGGCAGGCCUGUCUUGCAUCUGUUUCUCCACCACCUAGCCUGGAAUAUAACUGGCCUUAUGGGUUUCUAGAAGGAAAAUCUCAGAGGUAAAGCAUCAUUUCAUCACAUCCUGUCAAGGCUUCUUGGUGAAUUUUUGGAUGAAGCCAUUAAAUUAAUUGCUUGCCAUCAUGAGCAGAAGCAAGCGAGACAACAAUUUUUAUAGUGUAGAGAUUGGAGAUUCUACAUUCACAGUCCUGAAACGAUAUCAGAAUUUAAAACCUAUAGGCUCAGGAGCUCAAGGAAUAGUAUGCGCAGCUUAUGAUGCCAUUCUUGAAAGAAAUGUUGCAAUCAAGAAGCUAAGCCGACCAUUUCAGAAUCAGACUCAUGCCAAGCGGGCCUACAGAGAGCUAGUUCUUAUGAAAUGUGUUAAUCACAAAAAUAUAAUUGGCCUUUUGAAUGUUUUCACACCACAGAAAUCCCUAGAAGAAUUUCAAGAUGUUUACAUAGUCAUGGAGCUCAUGGAUGCAAAUCUUUGCCAAGUGAUUCAGAUGGAGCUAGAUCAUGAAAGAAUGUCCUACCUUCUCUAUCAGAUGCUGUGUGGAAUCAAGCACCUUCAUUCUGCUGGAAUUAUUCAUCGGGACUUAAAGCCCAGUAAUAUAGUAGUAAAAUCUGACUGCACUUUGAAGAUUCUUGACUUCGGUCUGGCCAGGACUGCAGGAACGAGUUUUAUGAUGACGCCUUACGUAGUGACUCGCUACUACAGAGCACCAGAGGUCAUCCUCGGCAUGGGCUACAAGGAAAACGUUGACAUUUGGUCAGUUGGGUGCAUCAUGGGAGAAAUGAUCAAAGGUGGUGUUUUGUUCCCAGGUACAGAUCAUAUUGAUCAGUGGAAUAAAGUUAUUGAACAGCUUGGAACACCAUGUCCUGAAUUCAUGAAGAAGCUGCAACCAACAGUAAGGACUUAUGUUGAAAACAGACCUAAAUAUGCUGGAUAUAGCUUUGAGAAACUCUUCCCUGAUGUCCUUUUCCCAGCUGACUCAGAACACAACAAACUUAAAGCCAGUCAGGCAAGGGAUUUGUUAUCCAAAAUGCUGGUAAUAGAUGCAUCUAAAAGGAUCUCUGUAGAUGAAGCUCUCCAACACCCAUACAUCAAUGUCUGGUAUGAUCCUUCUGAAGCAGAAGCUCCACCACCAAAGAUCCCUGACAAGCAGUUAGAUGAAAGGGAACACACAAUAGAAGAGUGGAAAGGUACAUUCGUCAGAUUCUUAGAGGGAAAACUGCGAAGGAGCUUCUGGUUUUUAUAUGAAUUGAUAUAUAAGGAAGUUAUGGACUUGGAGGAGAGAACCAAGAAUGGAGUUAUACGGGGGCAGCCCUCUCCUUUAGGUGCAGCAGUGAUCAAUGGCUCUCAGCAUCCAUCGUCAUCGUCGUCUGUCAAUGAUGUGUCUUCAAUGUCAACAGAUCCGACUUUGGCCUCUGAUACAGACAGCAGUCUAGAAGCAUCAGCUGGGCCUCUGGGCUGCUGUAGAUGACUACUUGGGCCGUGGGGGGGUGGGAGGGAUAGGGAGUCGGUUAGUCAUUGAUAGAACUACUUUGAAAACAAUUCAGUGGUCUUAUUUUUGGGUGAUUUUUCAAAAAAUGUAGAAUUCAUUUUGUAGUAAAGUAGUUUAUUUUUUUUAAUUUCAAGUGAUGUAAUUUAAAACCUAAGUUGUGUUUCAAAACAGCAACAAAACUGUAUUGUAUUUUUUUGCUGUAAUUAACUGUAUAAUGUAAACCUAAUUAUUUUAUCAUGGUUUAAAUUUUUUGCAUAUUUGCUUUAUCUUAUGCUGCUGAUUUUUUUUAACUGAAUUUGUAAGAUUUUGUUUAUCAAAGCAACUAUUAUGUGGUGACUUGCCUAUAUCAUGAAUUAUUUAAGAUUUUUAUAGUUUUUUUUAAUUAGAAUUUAUUUCAGAUGUUUUGUUCAUGAUACUAUCCUUCAGGGUUAUGUGCUUAUCAAUGAAAUAACCCCAGAGGAGUGAGGGAAAAUAACUUGUAGCCAGUUAUAUUCAGGAAUAACUACUGUAAAUGAUGAACGUGUUAGGAGACCUCCAAUAUUUGCUACUUGCCAAUCCUAAUUUAGUUACAAGAAUUGGUAGGCAAUCCUACUUAAUUUUGGCAAAAGCCCCGUCAUCUAAAUGGCAGAAUAACUCAGAGCAUGUCUUUGAAGAUGCUGGGUGUCUACCACCACCUUACGUCCCCACCCUACCCAACAAAAAUAAGUAAAAAGAAUAUGGUGUAUUCUACAAAUUUGUGGCAUGCUCAAAGUUUAUGAUCACAUAAAGUCAAGAGGAUACUUCAUGAAUAAUACAUUUCAAUGCAAAUAAACAGAUGGUUCACUUCUACUAGCUAUGAGCCUGUUUUUGUAUACACUGAGUUAAUCUACUCAGGCUGUAGGUCCCAGCAAUGUUCUAGAGUCCGGUCUUUCCCUUUCCUGCAGCUUCGGGUCCUUGGACCUUUCCGGUUUCCUAUUACUUGGAGUGUCUGUCAGUUGAGCACCAGUUGUUCUGGUGUUUCAUUUGAUUCUACUUGUAGCAUAAUCAUUUAUACGAGCUAUUGGGAGGUUCCAAACCCUACCUAGAUUUGUGUAGGUGAUGUAUCAAAUGAGCAAUAUACCGUUCAUCUGAAAAUAGUAGCACACAGCCAUAUAUAGGAUAUCAUUUUCUAAGGACUGUUUCUUCACAUUGAGCAGAGCAGGCAUAAAUGGUGGUUAUUUAGUCUAAGUCUUUUAUUUUUUUAUACCUGAUUUUCAACAUAACACGCAAUGUGGAUGUCGAGUAGUGUUAAGAAUGGUGCUGCUCCUGACAAGUGUAUGUUAACUGUUUACAUUUUCUAUCUGCAGAAUUAUUUCUCUAUUACUGAACUUUUCCUAAGUAAAA